CCAACAAUGGGGCACAAAAACGAAACGUCAAGAGUGACGAGGAUAUGGAAUUCGUUGAGUUACAAAAUUGGCUCAACAGUAGCCAGAUACCCAGUCAUCACAAUUAUAUUUUGCCUAGUUUUGUCAGCAGUUAUGAGUAUCAAAUUGGCAUUAACACCAAAAGUGAGCGCAAUCGACGGCUACGCAUCGGACGACUCAAUGUCCCGACAUGAAUUCAAAACUUUCCAACAAUUUUUAGACUCAGAUGGGCCUGGAAUCACCACAGCUAUACUUAUCAGAUCUUCCAUAACAAAUGGAUCACUUCUCGAAGAACAACGAUUAAAAGAAGUUGUGAAAGUAUCGGAUUUUAUUUCUACCAACUUUAAAUUAAAUGUUUCCGGAGUUGAGAAGAAUUUCAAUCAAUUUUGUAGAGGAUUCUGUCAGGCUAAUGAGCCAGUUAGACAGUAUUAUAAUGGUCUCCAAAUUCUUGGCAAAAACCAAACGGAUGGAAUCUCAAAACGAAUUGAUCUUUCCUAUCCAACCUCCAACUUUUUCGGCAGAAAAUUCAGUCUAAUCCCUAAUUUCUUUGGAAUAUCAAUGUCUCCCGAAGGACAGCAUUUGAAUUCGUCGAACUUGAUUGUUCUCUACUUCCGAGCGGAACGAUACCCAGACUGGUCAACGAAGACAGUUAAGCAAUGGGAAUUACGUGUCAGAGAUCACUUUGCAAAGGAAUAUUCAAGUGAUUUGAUCAUUGUUGAUGUCAUGUCACAGACUGUCGUGGAAAGUGAAAUCGUCCGCGCGGGACUCUCCCUCCAACCAUUCCUCAUUGUUGGAUUCGUCAUCAUGUCAAUUUUCUGCACAGUAACAACCAUGUUCAGUGCAGUUUACCUAUAUUCUCAAAAAGCAACAUUCAACAAAGUGGCUCUUUCGAUUAUCGCCUGUAUAAAUCCAUUUAUGGCAUGCGGAACAGCAAUGGGAAUUCUGUUUUUCUGUGGUGUUACUUUCAGUCCAAUUAUGUGUAUUACACCAUUCCUGGUGCUCGCCAUAUCAGUUGACGAUAGUUUCUUGAUGCUUCACGCCUGGAAUCGAUUGGAAUCAUGGAGGACUGCACCAUUGGAUAAGCCAAUGAGAGAGCAUAUGAUGGGAGAGGUCCUCGUAGAAACUGGACCAGCUAUCUCAAUUUCUGCGUUCACAAACAUGUUAGCCUUCACAAUCGGAGCCAUCACAUCGCCACCUGAAAUUCGAAUUUUCUGUUUUGGAAACGCCGCGGCUAUAUUCAUGGAUAUGUUCUAUCAGGCAACAUUUUAUACGGCAUGCAUGACACUUCUUGGUGAUACAAAAAACUCUGAAGGCGUCAGUGAGAAGACGAAAAGGAUCCAAGAAAGAAUGGGAAAUGUUGUUGGAAGAUUCUUGAAAUGGUAUGUAAAUGCAAUUUCCAAUAUUUUCGUGUCAUUUGGUAUCGUCUUGGUUUGGGCGGUUUUCAUUGGAUUCGCUGUACUCGGACUGACAAGGCUCCACGUGGAACUCAGACCGAGCAAGUUCUUCCUAAAAGACUCACCGAUGCUCUACAUGGAUCGGCUCAGAACAAAUGAAGUGGUUCCUUAUUAUACACCUGUUCAUGUUAUUGUGAAUAAUCCAGGAGAUUUGACAAAUGAUUCAAACGUGGAAAGAUUGGUUGAGUUGAAGGAGAAAUUGGAGCACAUGCCAAAUGCAAUUGGAGCACCGAGUACCAAGUUCUUUUUGGAUGAUUUUGUGCAAUAUCGUUCAUCUUUCGCUGAAGAAAUCGAAAUGGACAUUGCAGAAGAUGACUCAGAAUCUGAAAAAAGCGAUAUCGAACAGUUCCUUGAAUGGCCAGAAUUCUCAUUUUGGAGGGGCUUCUUGAGAUUUGACAAUCAAACACAUCCUCAUAACGUGACAAAGUUCAUGUUCACCACCGGAUUUCAUGGUCAGGAUUUGAAAGACUGGAACAAAAGAGGACAGUUAUUGAAGAGAUGGAGAGGAGCAGUCGAGGAAUUUAAAGAUGACUUCAACACUACCGUAUUCACAGAGGAUGCAUUUUUCCUCGAUAUGAUCGAUUCCAUCCCAACUGUGACGUGGCAAACUACGCUGGCCACAUUCAUCUUCGUUUCACUUGUCUGCUUCUUGUUCAUCUCAGAUAUCCUGACGGUUAUGAUAGUGUCAGUUGCAACAUUGGUUACUUCUGUUGGAGUAUUCGGUUAUCUAUCGUUAUUGGGUGUCACACUGGAUCCGGUUAUCAUGUCGAUUGCAAUUAUGUGCAUUGGAUUCUCGGUUGACAUUCCGGCUCAUGUCGCAUUCCAUUUCUAUGCAGCAAAAGCCAAGAAGCAUGCUUCAUCUCAUAGUCAACCAUCUCCCCAUCAAGUAACAUCACCUGAUAUUGUACAUUCAACAUCAACCACCUCCUCAUCUGAUUCAUCAAUUUCAACUCCAAAUUCUUUCGAAACAAACCUGAAUUUUGCUUUAUCCAGUGUCGGAUUUCCAGUUAUUCAAGCCGGAGUUUCAACUGAUUUCUGUGCUCUUCCACUUGGAUUUAUGGAACUUUACAUGGCAAAAAUGUUCGCAUUAUCUCUGACUCUCUGCGUAUCGUUAUCUCUUAUUCACGGACUUAUAGUUAUUCCAGCACUUUUAUCAGUUCAACAUCACAUAGUUCACGCUGUGAAGCGAUGUUUUGGAAGGAAUUAGAUUGAUUGUUUGAUAUCUUAAGUUUUAAAAAUUUCCAACUUUCAAUUUGUGUUGCUUUUUUGAAUACGGGUUAUUAUGAACUUUAUUAUGCGUUUUCUGAAUAAAAAAUAAAUCAAUUU